GUGUAUUUAUCUUCCGGUGUCAGAAACAACUAGCUAACGUGCUAAUCAACAGAGCUAGCGAAAUGAGACAAUAAACGUUUGUCUUUAUUCUGCUUUAGGUUUUCAGAACAAACAUUACUGUUGGGAUUAUUUGGGAUUAUCAGGAAAGGCUGGUUUAGUUUUCAUUCUGGUUAUUUUUAACCUUCUCCGGAGCAGGUGGGAUGGAGGGACCGUCCUGCCGGUUAGCUGCCCAGCCGGCAGAGAAGCUCCGGCCGCCGGGCAGUUUGGGCUCCGGCGGCGCCGCCGGGUCGGAACCCACGCGGGACAUGAGGACCCACUUCCGGGUGUGUCGCUUCAUGAUGGAGACAGGAGUGAAGCUGCGCAUGCGCUCUGUCCCUGUGGCCACAGCCUGCCUCCUAUAUCACCGCUUCUUCCAGCGGGUCACAUCGCAGCUCUAUGAGCCCUACCUGGUGGCCAUGAGCUGCUUAUACCUGGCUGGUAAAGUGGAGGAGCAGCACAUUCGCACCCGUGACAUCAUCAAUGUGAGCCACAGGUACUUUAACAAAGGCAGCGCCCCCCUGGAGUGUGAUAAGGAGUUCUGGGACCUCAGGGACAGCGUGGUGCGGUGUGAGCUCCUCAUCCUCCGACAGCUCAACUUCCACGUCUCCUUUGAACACCCCCACAAGUAUUUACUCCACUACCUCCUGUCUGUAAAAUCACUCGUCAACCGACACGCUUGGUCUCGAACCCCUGUGGCCGAGACUUCCUGGGCGUUGCUGAGAGACUGUUACCAUGGGGACAUGUGCAUCCGCCACGUGCCGCAGCACAUCGCGGUGGCCGCCCUCUACCUGGCGCUGAACAGCUACGGCGUGGAGCUGCCUGCUGGUGAGAAGCAGUGGUGGCAGGUGUGUGUUCAUGAUCACAAUCAGACCCGUUCUGCAUGUUUCACAACUACAACAAUGUUCUGCUCCCUCAACAAUUCAAUAUUUGACUGUCUGAAGCGAGACAUGCUGAAGCUGAGAUGA